CCAGAAACUCAUCAGCAUCAUUAGCCAUUCCUCUUUUUUCCCACCCCUAUUCCUGCAUUCCUUCUGAAUCUUGUCACUACUCUGUGUGGCUUCUAUCGCAUCAUAGUUUGCUCAAUCGCCAUCCGACCGGCUUUCCUCCGCUCCUUUUCGCGCUUUGCUCUCCCUCGUGUUCUCGCUCUUAGCCCGCAGCUUGGGCGCUUACACUGCCGCGCAACCUCUCACUUUCCCCCGGACCGAUCUCUGCACGAUUCAGGCACACUAUCUCGCUCUGCUGCUGCUCUCCCACUUGAUGCGCCUGACCGGCCAGUGCUGAUUUCCUCUCUCGUCACUUGAAUUUCUCGUCAUUCAACCUUUGGCAUAUACGGGCUCAACUCUGGUGCCUAACACCGGACAGACUCUUCAAUUUCGCGGAGGGCUGUGCCAUCUCCGUCCUCCUCCCAGAGUUUGCAUCGGUUCCUGCAUCUCCUGCAUCGAGAUUUAGCGAUCAUUUUCCUCCUCGUUCCCCGCUUCCGAUCUUCAACAUCUUCCGUUCUCUCUUGCCUAGCUCCGAAUCCUCUGCCUAUCGGUCACUGUCACAAUGCCUGGUUUCUCGGACUCCUUCUGGACGCCUGACUAUGCUACGGGCUUGGGAGUGCUCUAUGGGAAGUUGCAACAGGGCGUGGUAGAGAAUAGGCAGAUUCUCACCAUUGCGUCUAUGCGCGCCGAUGCGGAGGAGCAGUACGGUCUCCGCAUGGGCGACAUCGCACCCAAUGUCGAUCGCAUGUCUGCCGCGGGUUUCGGCAAGGACGAUGGUGCGAGUGUCAGGAAGGCAUACGAAGGUGUUCGCACUGAGAUGAUUGAGGCCGCCCGCAACCACCAGAAAAUUGCCAGCAACAUUCGAGAACUCGUCGUGGCGCCCUUUCGACGCUGGAGCGAUCAGCAUGACUACCGGGUCCAGACCUCUCACGACAACCUCCAGUUGCGGAUCAAGGAACAUACCAAGCAGGUUGAGCUGGUCAAGAAGCUGCGCAGUCAGUACUUCAACAAGUGCCGGGUGGUAGAGGAUUUGGAAGAGGAGAACAAGCUCGCCUUCCAGGAUCCUGACAACAGUCCCAAAAUCAAGCCAACGCCGAAGAUCGUCCUGCCCACCCCCGAGGAAGAGCCCGAGGAGGAUCCGUAUGAGAUCGGAGAUCGAAUCUAUCCCCCAGAGGAGGUCAAGAGACUUUUGCUGCACAUGCUGGACAACAUCAGGCUUGGAGAGGCCAAGGUUCCUAUUAUCGGUACUUAUCAGAAUACCUCGUCUGGUGCAGAGAUUGUGGAGUACAUCCAAAACAACAUGGGUGCGACCAAUCUCGCCCAGGCAGAGCGAAUCGGCCAGGAUCUUGUGGAUAAUGGAUUCCUCCGUCUGAUCGGCAAUAUGGGCAGCACUUUUGCCAAUAGCUCCAAGAUGAACUAUCAGUGGCGUCCCAAGGUGUUCCAGAUCACCGGUGUCCCCGAAAAGAAGAAGCCUCUGAUGCGCGUAACUUCUGUGGCCUCCAGCGAGGAUGGCAGCGGCAACGAGUCGCCCAUCACGUCCGUCCAGGAAAUCCUGUCUGGUUGGAACCCUCUCAACAACCCUUAUCCCAACGAGACCCCCUCGGAGAAGCUGCGCCGAGAGGCUUUCGAGGCCGAUGAGAAGUACAAGGCUGGCGUUCGGAGACUGGAUCAGAUCAGGUGUCGCCUGGAGGAAGAGGUUAUUGAGAACUUGCGGUUCAUGGAGCAGUGCGAGCUUGAUCGUCUCAAGGCUAUCAAGGCCGUGGUCCUCGAUUUCUCUGGUGCCAUCAGCAACGUGAUUCCCAAUCUCCAGAGCACCGUCGAUCACAUGAUGCUGUACCAAGAGACAAUCCAGCCUCUGGGUGAUCUGCGAUACCUGCUUGAGAACUACCGCACUGGUGGCUUUGUUCCUCGAGUGCAGGCAUACGAGAACUACUACGGUUCCGUUGAGGAGCAAAAUUUCGGCGUUGAUCUCGAAGCCCGCGCUCGGGUUGACCGCAAGCGUGUUCCGAUAUUGGUGACCACCAUUCUGACUUAUUUGGACAACGCCUAUCCCGAGCUGGAGGGUGACGAGGCGCGACGUGCCAUCUGGCUCCACAAUCCUCCUCUUACCCAAACACAUCAAUUGCGGAAUGCCUUGAAUAACAGCAAGGUUGAUUACCGUGAAGUCCUCCCCAAAUUUAAGAUACCCAUUGUUGCCAGCGUUUUGAAAUUGUACCUUCUUGAAUUGCCAGACUCCCUUGUUUCUUCGCAAGUCUACGAAAUCGUGAAAACGAUCUACUCGACCACCGCUCACGAGACCACGGAAGAGGGACGGAUCAAGGUCCUGCAAAGCACUCUCGGACAGCUCCGCCUCGUCAAUAUUGCUACGCUUGAUGCCAUCAUGACCCAUUUCACCCGCCUGAUUGACUUGACUUCGGCUGAAGAACAAUACAUCGCUACUUUGGCCCAGACUCUGUCUCCCUGCGUUCUCCGUCCUCGUACAGAGAGCAGCCUUACUAUGGAUGAGCGCCACAGCUACCGGUUGAUUCGUGAUCUAUUCGCCCACAAGGACGCCAUUUUCGGUGAGCUGAAGCGCCAGUCGAGCGCACUGGGCAUCUCUACCUCUAGCCGUCCCCGUGCCAUCAGCACGGACGAGAGCAACCGCCGGGCAGCCAUGGAAGCUCGUCAACGCGCUAUUGUCAACCGCAGCCGGGCUACCAGUCCUGCCCCUGGGGCUCGCCACCGCCGUGAUCGAUCCAGCGGUGCCUCGGCAUCUACUCGCUUCCCUAUCAACGUGACUAGCCCACAAGACCGCUCACGGACUGCCGCUCGCGUCAGCCUGGAUGUUCCCCCGAAGAGUGAUUCGCCAACUCCGGCCGAGCAUUCCCCUACAGUGAACACUCACGUUACUGAAGCUGAAGCUGCCACCAAUGGUACUUCCAUCGAAUCUCCCGCUUCUGCCGCUCCCAGUGUUUCCUCUGGCACAUCAAGCCCCCCUCCACCCCCCGAGUCUGCCUCGGACGGCUCUCCAACCCCCACCCCCACUCCUGCUCCCACAUCCAGUGAGUUCGAAAAGCGCAGCUCCAUUCCUCGGACUGUCGGUUCUCGAUACACCCGCAAGCCCGGUCUUGGUAGCAUCUCCAGCUUCCCUGUCGGUGCCGGGGCCUCCGAGUCGGACAGCAAACGAAGCAGUCUCGCCGAGAGCGAGCCCAAAGGUGUGACGCUGGAGGAUAAGCCUAUGGAUGAUUGAAGAGAGGUGAUGGUUUGACGUUUUUCUGAUCAUGUGUAUUCCCCAUAGUUUUGUAUAGAUCAAAAACAUAUGCUAUAGCCUACUCUGCUAGGCAUUUAUUCCCUUCUUGAUUCUGAUGCUUUCAAUUGUCGUCUUCAUGGUUUCAAUCAGUAUUGUAUCGCCUGUAUAACCCCUUGAGUCUUCCAUUUUUUUCCUGUUGCACUUGGGUUUGGUUCAAAUGACUACCACCAUGUAGUCAGCUAUACAUAUUCCAUUCUGUUCUCCGUGCCCAUCUUCCUACCUUCGAUCUCUUACA